GCUUUGUCAAAAAACAGCUGAUUGAAUUUUGGAAGUGCUGGCGUGUUGUAGUGGUAUUUUACCAUAUUUUACACAAAAAGGAUUCAAAAUCGAAUUUGUAGAAGUAUAAAAUGUGUGAUGAUGCUGAACAACAAGCUGAGGAGGUGGAAGUGCUGAAGUCAAUUUAUGACGGCGACGAAGGCUUCAAACAAGUGGAUUCUAAAACCUAUCAAUAUAAGUAUGUGGAUGGAGAGAAGUCAUUUAUUCUAGAAAUAACAUGGGGUCCUACAUAUCCAACAGAAAAACCCAACUUCAAUUUAGAAAUAUUUUACAAUCAACAUUUAAUACCUUCAGUGAAAGAGAAGAUCUUAUCGAUUGUGAAUGCAGAAGCAGAACAAUGGAUUGGUUGUGCUAUGACAUAUACUCUAUUCGAAUGCCUAAAGGAGAAGGUUCCUGAAAUAUUGGCCGAGCAGACUGAGGAGGCGAUUGUGUCUUCGAGAGUUGAGAAAAUAGUUAUUGAAGAUCAGGUGGAUACCAGCAAAAAAACGGAGAAGAAAGAACAACUAACUAAGGCUCAGAAGCGCAGAGCGUGGGACAAAGCCGAAAUUGGUCGUGGUGGAGAGAAACCCAGAGGGUGGGACUGGGUGGACAUCGUCAAGCACCUAUCCCAGGCCCCUCACCAUCCCACUCCCACCUCAUGACACUAGCGGGGCGUAGACUGAAAUGAAUACUUUCUAAAGCCCGGUCUCCGAGCACGUACAAUUUUGUCCAAUGACCCCAAGCUACCCAUCCUUAUUGCUGUACCCUGCGGAACACCAGUCACGAGGUCGCGCCAGUGGGAAAUAAUUUUAUCUAAACGUACGGCCUGUUGGCGACCGCAGAGGUAGGAAGCGAACCAAUUCAUAACGACAGGUGACAUAUUGUAGCGGGAUAA